UGUAUCAAGCGUAAUAAAAUGGCGGCGAGCAAAAGCACGAACACGUACAAUCGUCAAAAUUGGGAGGAAGCAGACUUCCCGAUUCUAUGCCAGACAUGCCUAGGAGAUAACCCCUACAUUCGCAUGACCAAAGAAAAGUUUGGCCGUGAAUGCAAGAUUUGUGAUCGACCUUUCACCAUCUUCCGCUGGUGUCCUGGUGCUCGUAUGCGAUUCAAGAAGACAGAAAUUUGCCAGACAUGCAGUAAGAUCAAGAAUGUCUGCCAAACAUGUUUACUGGAUCUUGAAUAUGGACUUCCCAUUCAAGUCAGAGAUGCUGCAUUGAACAUCAAAGAUGAAAUGCCUAAGUCAGAAGUAAACAAGGAGUACUACUCACAGAAUAUCGAGAGACAGAUUGCCAAUAUUGACGGGGUGCAAGCAGCGGGUGCAGUUGGCAAGGCACAAGCCCCUAGUGAUCUUCUCAUGAAGCUGGCUAGAACUACUCCCUACUACAAACGCAACAGACCCCACAUCUGUUCUUUCUGGGUCAAAGGUGAAUGCCGACGAGGAGAAGAGUGUCCAUACAGACAUGAGAGACCAACAGAUCCAGAUGAUCCACUAGCAGAUCAGAACAUCAAAGAUCGUUUCUAUGGCACAAAUGAUCCUGUUGCUGAGAAGUUAAUGCGGCGCGCUGAUACCAUGCCCAAGCUAGAACCUCCUGAUGACAAGACGGUGACUACACUUUAUGUGGGUGGCCUAGGGGAUAAAGUCACAGAAGAAAAUCUAAGGAAUCACUUUUAUCAGUUUGGAGAGAUUCGGUCUAUUAAUGUUGUCCAGAAGCAGCAGUGCGCCUUUGUAACAUUCACAACUCGCACUGCUGCUGAACAGGCUGCUGAAAAAUCCUUCCAGAAACUGAUUCUGAAAGGUCGGAGGUUAAAUGUCAAGUGGGGGAAGUCCCAAGGUCAGCAAGGUGUUGCUGUCAAGAACAUAGAAGGGGGCAAAGAGCCACAGUAUGAACCAGUGCCUGGAUUACCAGGGGCUCUGCCAAUGCCACCCAUGCCAGCUGACGGAUCACAACCAAGUAAUUUCUUCAAUCUUGACCAGGAUGAUUCCCAGCUACCCCCAUUGCCAGGAGGCCCUGUAGGACCCAUGGGUCCCCUAGGGGGUCCCCCUGGGAGAUUAACAAGGGGUCCACCACCUCGUAUGAUGCAUCAUCAACAGCCACCACCACCAGGAGCUUUUGAUUUCCCUCCCCCAGGCUUCCCUGCACUACCUGGUUACCGUGGUCCACCUCCAUUCCAUCCUGGAGCGCGUCCCCCACCUCCAGGGGUAAGGCCACCACCCCCGGGGGUCAGACCUCCUCCCCCUGGGAUCAGACCACCAAUGGGACUGCCUCCCCCUGGGCAAGCUGUUCAUUACCCAUCACAAGACCCUCAGCGGAUGGGCACAGGAACCACCCAAGAGUAGGUGUUAACAAUCAGUACCAGAUCGGGGCAAGUUGUUGAUCUUGUAGAAAUGAACACGUACAGCACUGAAUUCCAAGAGACGGUUAGCUUUUCAACAUUUUUUCUGUGCAUGCUGAAAGCUUGGAAUGUCACUGAAAGGCAGUGCUGUGGUUCAGGUUUUUUGGCAAGUCACGUGUACUUAAAGUGUGCAUAUUUUCAUAUCUAUAGACUAAUCCGAUAAGACGCCCUAAAUGUGGUGGCAGUGCACUCACGCACAUUUUUCAGCUUGACACGUGUGUGCGUUCGGCAAAUCACAACACCCUGUUGGUCGAAGAGGCAUAUAACCCGCGCUUACCGCCUGUCCACGAGUGUUGUGCUACCGCAGUAAUGGCUUCUAAUUCUGGCGGUCGAAUUACACUAUAAAAGUCAGUAACAAAAUUCCUCACACCGGUUCAUCCUGAUGUCACUAAAGUCAAACUUGUAUUUACUGAUAUGCAGUUACACUUAAACACGUAAUUGUAUUGGAGGUAAAAUUACUUUUUAAGAGUUUUUGUCAGUAGUUUGCCCUGUGUUUUUUGUAGUUGUAAUCAGUUUUAAAAAUCGUUUUGGAUUUGGGAAUAAUUAAUUUUGAAAAAGAACAGAUUCAUGUGUAUGGACCCUGUUUUAAAACGCUGUCCAAUGCCACAAAAAAUGGCAGUGGCGGGACUGAGGACAGUGUAACAACCAUCAAGUAACUACUGACUGGAACUGAAGUAUUUGGAAUUACAUGUAGCUUCACGUUUUAUUUAAUCAGUGGACAAAGUAAA